AUGGCAGGCGUCCCAAACUUUCCGUCCCUCUUCAGCCUUGAUGGCAAGACAGCACUCAUCACCGGCGGCAGCACAGGCAUAGGCUACGACAUCGCCGCCGGCUUCCUCCAAGCCGGCGCCUCCAAAGUAAUCAUCGCUUCGCGCAAAGAGGAUGGCCUCAAGUCAGCAGUGAAGGAUUUGAAUUCGAUCUCGGGUAUCAAGGGUAAGGCAGUCUACGUGGUGGGGAAUGUGAGCACGAUGGAGGGAGUUGAUGCGAUGGUGCAGGCUCUGGAAGCAGGGGAGUUGAAGGACGGAAAGUUGCAUGUGUUGGUGAAUAAUGCUGGGGCGAGUUGGGCCGGGCUGUUUGAGACUUAUGAUGAUUGGAGGACGGCGAAGACAUUCGACGUCAACGUCAGGGGGCCAUUCAACUUGACUAGAAGGAUGGUCCGCUUCCUGGCUCGCGCUGGCACAUCCACCGAUCCAGCCCGUAUUAUCAACGUCUCCUCCGUCGGCGGCACGACAGUUCCGCAUAUCGGCGAGAACGGCGCCAUCGCAUACGCUAUCUCCAAAGCCAGCAUGCACCACCUGAGCCGUAACCUGGCUCUCGAGCUGGCGCCGCAGCACAUUACCACGAACACAAUCGCGCCCGGGUGGUUCCCCACCAGGUUAGCCAAUCCUGCGAUUGAGAAGUAUGGAGGCAUUGACGCCGCGGGUGCGGAUAAUCCGUUAGGGCGGCUGGGCAUCAGGGAGGAUAUGGCGGGUGUGGCGAUCUACCUAGCGAGCAAGGCGGGCGCCUAUGUCAAUGACGAGGCGAAGGCCAAAUUGUGA